AUGUUUCAUCGCACCAGCAGAUUAUGCCGUCGUGCCCGUUUCUACGCAAUCACCAUUAAUCCCGCCUCCACUUCCUCAUUCCAAUCCUCCUGCGCUAGUUCUCGGAAUCUCAAUUCCUUUUCCUAUGUCCCACCGGGUAUCAGCUAUAUAUCCCGACUUCAGCUCGCCAAUUUCGUUAAUCGCUAUCCUAAAGUAGAUACUUCUUUCCUUCUGGUUGGGGAUGCCAAGUUCGCGAGAAAUUUCUGCUCAGGAACGGGCAGCGGCGGGGAUGGUAGUGGUGGUGUCUGGACAGAGGAGAUUGAGUAUUUGGAUGAGUCCGGCAGUUUAAUUUAUGCCGGGAAAGGAGUGAGGGCAGUGGAACCUGGAAUCGACGACCAUGUGAUGAUUGGUGGGCUGAAGAAGCCGAUCCUAAACGCUUCUGCGGUGGCGAAAAUUGUCGAGGUUGCGAAGAGAUGGAGAUGGGGUCCUGAAUUGGAAACCCAAUUGGACAAUCUGCAAUUUGUGCCGACCAUGACCCACGUCAUUCAAGCUAUGAAACUCAUUGAUGAUCCUGGUGCCUUGUUGAGUUUGUUCAAAUGGGGUAAGAGGCAGCCAUGGUAUGUCCCCAGCGACGAGUGUUACGUCAUGUUGUUUGACGGGCUGAAUCGAAGCAGAGAUUUUGAUGCCAUUCAGUUGUUGUUUGAUGAGCUGGUUCAGGAUUCGGGUAAAGCUCAGAUUCCUUCUUCGUUUGGUGCGCACAAUAGGGUGAUCCAGCAUUUGGCUAAAGCUGAGAAGCUGGAGGUGUCAUUUUAUUGUUUCAAGAAAGUUCAGGAUUCGGGCUGUAAGAUUGAUACGCAGACCUAUAACGCGCUGAUAACUCUGUUCCUGAACAAGGGUCUGCCUUACAAGGCAUUUGAGAUAUAUGAGAGCAUGGAAGCAGCUAAUGCUUCUCUGGAUAGGUCAACCUAUGAGAUGAUGAUACCAAGCUUGGCAAAGUCAGGAAGGCUUGAUGCAGCUAAUCAGUUGUUUCAACAGAUGAAGGAAAGGAAAAUUCAACCGAGCUUUGGGAUUUUCUCAGCCCUCGUUGAUUCCAUGGGCAAAGCAGGGAGGUUGGACACAUCCAUGAAAAUCUACAUGGAAAUGCAGGGUUUUGGACACAGGCCAUCUGCCACCAUGUUUGUUUCGUUGAUAGAAUCGUACGCCAAGUCAGGGAAGCUAGAUAGAGCUCUAAGGCUAUGGGAUGAGAUGAAGUUGACCGGUUUCAGGCCUAACUUCGGCUUGUAUACAUUGAUAAUCGAGUCCCAUGCAAAGUCGGGGAAGCUCGACAUUGCAAUGUCCAUUUUCAGCGACAUGGAAAAAGCUGGCUUUCUGCCAACUCCAUCAACAUAUUCCUGUCUUCUGGAGAUGCAUGCUGCUUCUGGACAAGUAGAUUCUUCCAUGAGGCUAUAUCACUCGAUGACUAGUGCAGGCCUUAGACCAGGUCUGAGCACCUACACUUCCCUUCUAACCCUUUUAGCCAAUAAAAAACUUGUUGAUGUUGCGGCCAAAAUAUUACUGGAAAUGAAAAGUAUGGGGUUCUCUGUUGAUGUUAGUGCCAGUGAUGUUCUAAUGGUGUACAUAAGGGAUGGUUCGGUUGAUCUUGCUCUGAGGUGGCUGCGUUUCAUGGGUUCUUCUGGGAUUAGAACAAAUAACUUCAUAAUCAGACAGCUAUUUGAGUCUUGUAUGAAGAAUGGUUUGUAUGAACAGGCCAAGCCGCUCAUCGAGACUUACAUAAACUCUGCUGCUAAAGUGGAUCUAAUCCUCUACACUUCUAUACUAGCCCAUCUUGUUCGGUGCCAAGAUGAGCAAAAGGAGAGGCAUCUGAUGUCGAUUUUGGGCAGUACGAGGCACAGGGCCCACGAGUUCAUGUGCGGGCUUUUCACCGGCCCUGAACAGAGGAAACAGCCAGUGCUGUCCUUUGUCAGGGAGUUUUUCCAAGGAAUAGACUAUGAGUUGGAGGAAGGAGCGGCGAGGUACUUUGUAAAUGUUCUACUGAAUUACUUGGUCCUGAUGGGACAGAUUAACCGAGCAAGAUGUGUCUGGAAAGUGGCCUAUGAGAACAAGCUGUUUCCAAAGGCUAUUGUGUUUGAUCAGCAUAUAGCUUGGUCACUGGAUGUGAGGAACCUUUCGGUGGGGGCUGCUCUGAUAGCAGUUGUGCACACGCUCCAUAGGUUCAGGAAGCGGAUGCUGUACUAUGGGGUGAUACCGCGACGCAUCAAAUUGGUGACUGGGCCAACCCUGAAGAUUGUGGUGGCUCAGAUGCUGAGUGGGUUGGAGUCGCCGUUUGAGGUGAGCAAGGUGGUGCUAAGAGCACCAGGGGAUGGGGUGAUGGAGUGGUUUAAGAAGCCCAUUGUGCAGCAGUUUCUGGUGAAUGACAUUCCGUCGAGGGCUGACAUACUCAUGCACAAACUCAACAUACUAUUCCCUAGUUCUGCGCCUGAGAUAAGAUCACUCUCCCCUCCCAAACCACUUAUGUCUGUGGGUGCGAACAGGGCUAUGUAA